AAUUAAAUAUUUUCUUAAUUUACGUAUGCAAAUAUAAAAUAACAAUUAAAAUAAAAUAGAGAUAAUUUAUAUUAUAUGAAUCUUCAUAAAACCAUUAAACAUAAGAAAACUAUGAAUUUUUAUAAAACAGGUAAAAUUAUGAAUUAUAAAACUAUUUAUGUAACAAUUUUCAUAAACAAUAGUAUCAUAAUAAAUUAUUAUUAAUCAUGUAAAACAUCAUAUAAAUCUUUUUAGUUGUUACAUUAUCGAAAAAGGAAAAGAGAAUAAAAGCGGAAAAAACAAACAAAUAUGAAAAGGAAAUAGGGAAAGCAAAUAUAAAAAAGGAAAGAGAGGGAAACAGAGUGGCUAUAUAUACAUAGCUACAGAACUCAAACCAACAAAGAAAAAAAAACCCUAACGACUCAGAGAGAGAGAUGGAAGGUCAAGGAGUUUACGUUCCCGCUUUCAGAAGGAAGGAGAACACGAUCGACGUGGAGCGAUAAUCAUGGGACGAGCUCAAGAGAAGAAUCAACGGCUUGGUGAACAAGGUAAGCGUUCACAAUCUGCGUCAUGUAGUUUUAGAACUCUUUGAAGAAGACCUAAUUAGAGGAAGAACGGACGGUUAUACAAGAUCAUACAGAAACUGAUCUUGUCAGUCUGAGGAGGACAAUUUACCAAACGAUCAUGUCGACUCUUAAUUUCGAGGAAGCAGGGCAUAAACUGCUCCAAAUCCGACUCGAACCGGGUCAAGAGAUGGAGAUAUGCGUUAUGAUCCUCGAAUGUUGCGCUGAGGAGAAGACUUAUCGUCCCUUCUAUGGUCACUUAGCAAAAAGGUUCUGCUUAAGAAGCAAAACGUACAGAGAAUGUUUCGAGAAUCUGUUUGUGCAGCAGUACGCGACGGUUCAUCGUCUGGAGACGAAUAAACUGAAGAAUGUAGCCAUGUUCUUUGCUCACGUGCUAGCCACGGAUGCUCUUCCGUGGUGUGUACUUGCUAAUGUGAGUCUGACAGAGGAAGACACAACAUAUUCUUCCCGUAUCUUUCUCAAGAUACUUUUCCAAGAACUCUGUGAGCAGAUUGGAUUGAGAGCGUUGAGUGAGAAGCUUCAGGAUCCGACCAUGGAGGAGACUUUCGAGUCAAUCUUCCCAAAGGACCAUCCUAAGAACAUGAGGUUCUCCAUCGACUUCUUCACCUCCAUUGGACUUGGGGACAUCACUGAAAAACUCAGGCAGCUCCUGAUAAAGCGUCAGAGGAUUAAUAGAUGAGACGGAGAAGACUAAAAGAAGAGGAGGUUAAUUAGUGUAAAAGCUCUUUUACUAAUUUUUAUUGUCUCUUUAUUUGAUUUGAAGGGUCUAAAAAGAAAAUCA